AUGGAUUAAAAUUAAAAGAAAGUAAUUAUUGUUGGCUCUGGAAUAGCUGGCCUUGGUUGUGCUAAUGAACUUUAAAAAAAUGGGUUUUCUGUUUUAAUUUUAGAAGCUCGUAAUAUCCACGGUGGAAGAAUUUCUAAAAAUACAACAUUUGCUGACUUUCCUAUUGAAACUGGAGCUGAAGAAAUUCAUCUCCCUACUAAAUACUACAAAUUAGCAAAAUAAGUUGGCGCUAAUUGUGAACCUGACUCUAAUUUUGACUCAUUUAUUGAGGAUAUUGGAAUAAAAGGAGAAGAUAUUUAAAAAGGUAAUGGAGUUUUGAUUGAAGAAGAUGAUUUUUAUGAAAAAUACAAAUUAGAAAAAUUCUAUAACUCUAUAAUGAAAGAGGAAGAAAAAAAUCUUCUUUGUGACGAUAUGCCAAUCUUAGAAUAUUUUAAAAUUAAGAAUGUUGAUCAAAAAUUGUUUUAAUUUUAUGAAAUGGAGUUAGCAACAGAGUAUGGAUCUACGUUAAAAGAUUUGUCUAUUAAGGGCUAUGCUGAGCAUGAGUAAAGAUGGGAGUAUGAUGAAAAGAAUUUUAUAGUUACAAAUAUGUCUCAUUUUGAUGUGAUUGAGCGUGCUUUUGCUACUGUUCUUCCCUUAGUAAAAUACAACACACCAGUUAAUUACAUAGCAAUUUAAACAAAUUAACUUCAAAAUAAUGGAGUAGUUGUAUGUGAUUCAUUUGGUAACGAAUAUAAAGCCGACCAUGUUGUAGUUACUAUUCCAGUUUCUUAACUAAAAAAUAACUCUAUAAACUUCAUUCCACCUUUAUCAUAAGAGAAACAAAAAGCAAUUUAGCUUUUGUAAAUGGGAAAGGGAGGAAAGUUGCAUAUGAAAUUCAAAGAAAGAUUCUGGCCUUCUGACACUUAUUCUUUAAUUCUAAGAACUUAAAUAGGAUUAAUAUGGAAUUGUUCUUAUCAUCGCAGUAAAGCUAGUUUUGUUUUGUGUGCCUUAAUUUCUGGAUAAACUUCUAUUGAUAUGAAUGAUCCAAAUAAGCGCAAAUACAUGAUGAGUGAAUUAUUCAAUAAAUUGUAAUAAAUAUUUAAAGUAAAGAAAAAUGUUGAAGAUUUGUUGUUAGAUUAUAUUUGGACAGAUUACAAUACAACAAAGUAUAUUGAGGGUAUUUAUUCCUAUCCAUCUCUUAAUUUGGGCUCUUAUAGAAGUGUUUUAGCCUAGCCUGUUAAUAAUUAAUUAUUCUUUGCAGGAGAAGCAACUGAUCCUAAAUAUUUUGCAACAAUAAAUGGAGCAUUAGAUACCGGAAUUAGGGAGGCUUAAAGGAUUAUAUAACUAUAUAGCAAAUGA